UAAAGCUUGUGCCUCACGGCUGGAGAAAGCCACGAAAACACACGUGGGCACCUGUUAAAACUGAACAUCUGGUUGGCUAAUAAUCAUAUGAACCAAUCAGAACGUGCCUUAUAGUGGCUUUCUGUUCCGAUAAGUAUAUUUGAAAGGGUUCCCAACCAAAACUCAUUUCAAAAGCUACGACAAAAACAAAAAUAGUAAAACACAACUAGCUAUGGCCGAGGAAUCUAAAGAACCUGAAGUAUUAAUUUACAAGGACUCGUUUCACGCUUGUAAUGUUUUGGAAACAUUGAGGACGCUUUUUCAAGGGAGAAAAAUGUGCGAUGUUACCGUUGUUGUUGGCAAGAUGGAAAUCCCAUCCCAUCGUCUAAUUUUAGCGGCAAAUAGCUCGUACUUCUACUCAAUGUUUACUAGCGGAAUGAGCGAGACAGCGCAGAAUCGAAUAAAUCUCAAAGAGGUCGAUGCUACAGUGGUACGGCAGCUUAUCGAGUAUUGCUAUACAUCAACGAUUGAAAUAAAUGAAAACAAUGUUCAGAAUUUACUCUCAAUUGGAAAUUUAUUGCAGUUUACGACCGUGGUCGAGACUUGCAGCGACUUUUUGAAAAAGCAACUUCACGCAACGAACUGUCUGGGAAUUGGGAAUUUCGCCGAUCAUCACGGAUGUGGAAAAUUGAAACUCGCAGCGCAAAGUUAUGCAGAAAAGCAUUUUCUUGAUGUCGCAAAGUCGGAUGAAUUUUUAUUGGCAACUUACGAGCAAAUCUCAAGCAUGCUGAAAAGUGAUAGCUUGAAUGUCAUAAGUGAAAAAGAUGUUUUUGAGGCGGUUCUUGCCUGGAUUAGACACGAUUUACCAAAAAGACAAAAUUACCUACCGGAAUUAUUAAAGCAUAUUCGUCUGACUCUGCUCCCGCCAAAGAUUUUAGUGGACUGUAUAGAGAGUGAAAAAUUGGUGCAAGGCGAUGAUAUGUGUAUACGGAUAAUCAGCGAAGCCAAGAACUUCCACCUGCUUCCAGAGCGCCGGGACAAAAUGCAAAUGUUGACUAAAAUUCGCCAGAAAGAUCACGGGACAAGAAUGUUUGUUAUUGGCGGGGAGACUCACAAUCAGGUUUAUAACUCAGUACAGAGAUACGACUUCGAGACGGAGAAGUGGGACUUUCUGGAGCCUAUGUGUAAACGGCGUGAUGGAGUUGGCGUCGCGAGCUAUGCUGGCAGAAUAUACGCCGCAGGGGGUUGUGAUGGUGAUGUCGCAUUAAGCUCCAUGGAAUGCUACGAUCCCAUUGGUAACAAGUGGUCGUUCGUCCAGCCGAUGGUGUGCGGGAGACAUGCGUUCAGUCUAGUCGAGCUUGACGGUUGGUUGUAUGCCGCCGGAGGAAGUGAUUUCUCGCGCUCUGAGUACAGUAGUGUGGAGCGCUAUGACCCAAUAAGAGACAUGUGGAGCUCCGUGACCGCCAUGAGCACGAUGCGAGAAGGCGUUUCCAUGGUAACAAUGGAUGGAGCCCUUUACGCCAUAGGAGGAGACAAUGGUGUCACAAUAUUGAACACGAUGGAGAGAUACGACCCGAGAAUAGGUCAAUGGAGCGCCUGCGUCCAUAUGGGCUACAGGAGGCGGUACUUCGGAGCUGUCGUUUUAAAGAACAAGAUCAUAGUGAUUGGUGGCAGUGAUUACGAUGAGGAUCACAACUCUGUCGAGUGCUACAAUCCGAGGAUGAACCGAUGGGUGUCGUUGCCGUCAUUGAUGAUGCGGCGUGAGAGCCCGGCGGCCAUAGUAAUCGAUGACAAACUUUACGCUAUAGGCGGAGCAUUUAUGAACGUAGAGACCGAUACAAUAGAGUGUUAUGACCCUUUGACCAACAAGUGGGACCAGGCGACUCCCCUUUUGAGCCCCCUUGAGGGAAUGGGCGUGGCAGUUAUAUAGAUAAGAGGGGUAUGCGACCGAUACGAUCGAGUGUUAUAACCCUAUGAUUAUUGAUUAUAGGCUACACUUUAUUUGCCCCCCCCCCCCCCUUAAGGAAUAGGGAGGGGCCGUUAUGGACAGUAAGGCCAUGUGCGAGAAUGCAUUUUAUGAUACGCAUAGAAAAGCAAAGCAGAGCGUUACAUGAUCGACGUGGAGAAAUGGGAAAUCAGGCUUAAUUUAUUGUUUUAACAACACAAUAUAUUUGAAAUGCAUAGCGUACUUCUAUUUGUGUAAGUUAAGUUGUUAAUUGUUGGGAAAGAAACUGGUUGAUAAGUUUGAUAAAAGGUUGAUAAAAUUGAGAGGUAGCGGGGUGAAGCCGGUUCUUAUAUUUGCGUUCAGGUUUCCUGUGUUGAUAAAGGAUGUGACGUCACAUAAGUUCAUCUAUCACAUACUACCUCACGGCUCAUCUACGAAGACAGGUGAACCGCCCAAUAUGCCACAGACAGGAUCGGCUAGUUUUCUCAUAGCACUUGUACUGACCCCCUCCCCCCAAAAAAACUUGGACUUGAAAAUUUAGCUAGCUAUAAAACCUUGUAAUUGUUGGACACUAGAAAAACUUUAGGAGGCGGAGCCCGUCUUCAGUGUCUGUACUUGACCGCACAGGGGCGGCGGACGGGGAGGUUAAUACAUGUACAUUUCGGAAUCCGAAAAAGUCGACCUAAUUUUUCCGGUGGGGGGAAGGGGAGUUCUUUGUUAAAAAUCUGACCACUCCCGAUUGCAUAAUCUCCACGGGACGUUUAUUGUCGGAUUUGGCUACAUACCAGAGUGAUCUAGCUUAUGCACCCCCCCUGGGUACGGGCCUGCUCAAUAAUGUUACAUGUAUAAAUCGAUUACUUGAUGAAUCCUCUCUAGCGCAUGGGAUAUAACCGAGAACCAAAAAUGGAAAGGAAAUAAAAAGGAAGCUAUAAAAAGUACUGAAAAGUAAUAGGA